AUGGCCAAUCGAUUAUAUGUAAACCAAUCUAAAUGUUUAAUUGCUCGGAAAGAAGUAGAAUAUCUAGGCCAUGUCAUUAGUGCUACAAGCGUGGCUGCCGAUUCGACGAAGAUACAAAGCAUGGAAAAUUGGCCAACUCCGACAACCACCACCGCUCUUCGCGGCUUCUUGGGGUUAAUCGGUUACUACCGGAAAUUCAUUCAAAAGUAUGGCACCAUUGCAGCACCACUCACACAGUUAUUGAAAAAGGAUGGAUUCCAUUGGUCGGAAGCAACAGAGAAGGCUUUCCACACUCUCAGGCAAGCAAUGAUUCAAGCCCCUAUUCUCGCAUUGCAGAACUUCGCCAAGUAA